AAAAAAAAAAAGCAUCCCAAAAAAGCUGCCAUCUUUUUUAAUGCCACCGCAUUAGAUUAGCCUCCAAAUCAGUCUUGCGUUUUCCUUUAUUUCCUCGAUUUUGUGUCCAUCUAUGGCCGACCGGCCGGACACCGACAAGAAGACCGAGACUACCAAGAAGGACAUGCCGGCUCUUCUUUUGGGCCGAUACGAGAUCGGGAAGCUCCUUGGUCACGGCACCUUCGCUAAGGUCUACCAUGCCCGCAACAUUAAAACCGACCAAAGUGUCGCCAUUAAAGUUAUCGACAAGGAGAAGAUCCUCAAGGGUGGUCUAAUCGCCCACAUCAAACGCGAGAUCUCUAUCCUCCGCCGCGUUCGACACCCCAAUAUCGUCCAACUCUUUGAGGUUAUGGCCACCAAGGCCAAGAUCUACUUCGUUAUGGAAUAUGUACGCGGCGGCGAGCUUUUCAAGAAGGUCUCCAAGGGCCGAUUGAAGGAAGAGGUUGCUCGGAAGUACUUUCAGCAAUUAAUCUCCGCCGUUGCCUUUUGCCAUGCGCGCGGUGUGUUUCAUCGCGACCUUAAACCGGAGAAUUUGUUGCUGGAUGAAAAUGGGAAUCUUAAGGUCUCCGAUUUUGGCCUUAGUGCCGUGUCCGACCAAAUUCGACAAGAUGGGUUGUUUCAUACUUUUUGUGGUACACCGGCGUAUGUUGCUCCGGAGGUUUUGACCCGGAAAGGGUACGAGGCCGCAAAGGUAGAUAUUUGGUCCUGUGGGGUUAUUCUGUUUGUUCUGAUGGCCGGCUAUCUGCCCUUCCACGACCAAAAUAUUAUGGCAAUGUAUAAGAAGAUUUACAGGGGUGAGUUCCGUUGUCCGAGAUGGUUUUCCCCGGAGCUAAUUCGACUCCUAUCUCGUCUUUUGGACACAAACCCCGAAACCCGUUUCACAAUUCCAGAAAUCACGGAGAAUAGAUGGUUCAAAAAGGGUUACAAGCAUAUCAAAUUCUACAUCGAAGAUGAUAAGGUUUGCAGCAUUGAGGAUGACCAAAACGAUGUCGAUAUUAUCGAUUCCUCCUCGGAUCAAUCUCAAUCCGAAUCGGAUUCCGAAAUAAUUGAGACCAGAAGAAAGGUUAGUACACUCCCAAGACCGGCGAGUUUGAAUGCAUUUGACAUCAUUUCGUUCUCGCCUGGAUUUGAUCUUUCGGGGUUGUUUGAGGACGGAGGGGAAGAGGCAAGAUUUGUGUCCAGUGCGCCGGUGUCGAAGAUCAUAUCGAAAUUGGAGGAGAUUGCAAAAUUGGUGAGUUUCACGGUGAGGAAGAAGGAUUGCAGAGUGAGUUUAGAAGGGUCGCGGGAAGGAGUAAAAGGGCCAUUGACGAUCGCAGCAGAGGUAUUCGAGUUGACGCAGAAAUUAGUGAUGGUGGAGGUGAAGAGGAAAGGGGGAGACAAGGCAGAGUAUGAACAGUUCUGUAACGAGGAAUUGAAACCGGCAUUGUUGAAUUUGAAGGUGGAGGUGGAGGACUCUGCUGCCGCUCCAUCAUCACAUAUACCAUCAGAUACUGAAUGAAGAGAUUUUGAUUUAAAGAAGAAAAGGGUACGCUUUUCUGUUCACUCUCUCUGACUGAUCGUUCUCCUCUGCUAUAACCAACAAAGACCCCACCCCAACCCCAACCCCAUCCCCAACCCCAUCCCCAUCUCAUCUAAUGUAUGAUAACAUAACUUGUUCAUUUUGUUCUUUUUUGUUUCUCUCUUUUAUUUCCAUUGUUCUUCUGUGUGGUUGUGCCUCUGUUGAGAAAAUUUGGAUUCGUCGCGGAGAUUACAAAGAAAAAGAAGGGUAAUUUUGAGAUGUUCAUAUGCAGUCUUCAAUGUGUGAUACAAUACAUGUAAUCUUGUAGUGAUUGAUUGAUUAAGAAUGGUUUUUAGGAUGAUGCCAGAAUCACUUUCAAA